GAGGGAGAGUAUCUAUCUAUCUAUCUCUCUCUCUCUCUCUCUCUCUCUAACGCCAACCGCAUCCGUCUAUCCGACAACCAAGUCACCGAGCAAAAUACCAUAAUCAAGAAAAGGCACGAUGCAGCAGAGCAGCGCCCCAGAGUUCAUUCUCGAGGCCUUUGCGGACCCGGCCUCCGUGAGGGACGUCGUCAAAGGAAUCCUCCACACAAUCUUCUUCCACCGCUUCUUCCCCGCCGUCGUCCCCUACACCCGCGAAGUCCUAGACCUGACCCUCCCCUACGUCGACGACGUCGAGCUCGAGACCAUGAUCGAGCAGCGCGCCACCGCCCUCGUCCGCCAGCUCGACGCGGAGCGCUCCUCGUCCGGCAGCGGCGGCAGCGGCGGGGGGCGCGGCCAGCUCACCGUCCAGUUCUUUGAGAAGAAGCGCCGCAAGGCCUGGCUCAUGCGCGGCGACGAGGAGGUCUGCUGGGAGUGCUGGACCGUCAAGGUCACGGUCGCGGAGCCCAGGACGGAGACUGAGCGAGCCAAAGUCCGAAAAGCCAUGGAGACGACGCUCAUGACGACCGUCAUGAAGGUCAUCACCUUUGUCAACGCGCACAAGGAUCACAUCCCUCCGAUAACGACACAGGGGUCGAACCCGUUUCCCUAUCAGAUCAACAUUAACCAAAAGGAGUCGGGCUGGGCUACGAGGAUGGGUAUUUACUGAUCUUUUUUCUGCGAAUUUCUGUGUGUGCGAGCGACGACACCACGACACUGUGAAACUGUAAUGAGAUGUUUGACAAGAUGAUUUUUGGUUGAAUUUUGAAUCGUUCUUCCUUGGGACGACAAAUAUUCAACGAACCCCAGGAUGAACGAUGGCGACGCUGCUGGCAGAUAUCGUAGAGGUACGCACACACAUUCCGGCGUUUCUAAGGACAAGGCAUGAUUCACGAGGUAUAGACCAUGUAGGUAGGACAUUGGGGAAGUUAGAGCAAGACAAUAUGAUACCCGUUCUUGAGUUCAACAACCAAAGACUAGGAGGUCACGCGCGUGACAAAGUCUAGC